UGUCUCCAGCUAAACACGCCGCGCAGGGUCACAUUGGAUACACACACACACCAAUGUUUUGUAAUAUUAAAUAGUAAAGAUACUACAUUAUCAUUACCUGCAGUGUACAUGGAUCCGCCUAAAGCAGAAGAGCCGCACCUGAGGCACGUGGAGAGAGACGUGCUGAUCCCAAAGAUGAUGAGAGAGAAGGCCAAAGAGAGAUGUGUUCAGCAGGUGGACGCGUUUAACGUCUGCUGUAAAGACUCGGGUUUCUUCAUGGUCUUCAAGUGUCGUGAGGAGAACGCGGCGCUGAAAGAGUGUUUGACGCAGCAUUAUCGUGAUCCGGUGUUCUUCGAGGAAUGUAAACAGGAAUAUCUGAAGGAGAAACUGCAGUAUGAACAGACCGGCGUCCCAACCAAAAGCAGAAAACAGAAGCUUCCCACCAGCAUGUAGACACACACACACACACACACACACACAUGAUCUCUCUUUAUAUUCAUGAUUAAUCAUCCCUCGCUGCUCCUCACUCAAUGCUCAAUGCAUUGAGAAUCGGUGUGUGUGUGUCUCCAGGGAAUCAAACACACACACACACACACAGAUCUGCUGUUUUCUACAGAUUUACAUCAUUCUUCAGUUCAGUGUGUUAUAAGUGCAGAUUUACUCCAUUCAGAUGCUGAUCAUUCUGAUAAUAAUAAACACAUAUUUGUUUAAUGUUUAUCUAUUGCUUAUUUAUAAGUGUUGAAGAGAUGAAGACAUUAUUAUUGUUUUCAACACAUUUCUGCACAUAAUAGUGUUAAUAACUCAUCUCUAAUAACUGAUUUAUUUUCUCUUUGUCAUGAUGACAGUAAAUAAUAUUAGACUAGAUAUUCUUCAAGACACUUCUAUACAGCUUAAAGUGACAUUUAAAGGCUUAACUAGGUUAAUCAGGGUAAAGUUAGGGUAAUUAGGCAAGUUAUUGUAUAACAGUGGUUUGGGAAAUAAUUGAAAAAAUAUAUAUCUGUAUUUCAGUAAUGUUUUUGCCUUCAGCUGUACUGGAUUUAUUCUGUGAGAAAUGACCAAAAUAAAAGUAGAAUAAAUCUAAAACCUAAAUCUGAAAAUGCAAAGGUUUUAAAAGAUUAAAAUGAUAAUGAAAUGUGUCUGUGCCUAUGGUGUCAGUUAUAGAUG